AUGUUCUCUGCCGGCGUGGUGGGAAACGUGAUUGCGCUGGUGCUACUGGAGACUCGACGCAGGGAAACCCGAGGGAAUAUUUCUCUAUUCUUCAUUCUGGUCUCUGGACUGGUGGUCACAGACUUACUCGGCACCUGCAUGAUAAGCCCCGUAGUCAUGGCCUCUUAUGCCAGGAGGCUAUCAUUAGUUGAAAUGGGACUUUGUGAAUAUUUUGCCUUUGCCAUGACUUUUUUCAGCUUGGCCACCAUGAUGAUCCUGUUUGCUACGGCUUUAGAGCGAGCCCUGGCCAUUGGGCACCCCUAUUUCUACGAGAAGUUCAUCAAGAAGCGGUGCGGGGUCAUCACCUUCCCAGUCAUCUAUGGCUUCUCCAUCUUCUUUUCUCUCUUCCCGGUAAUGAACUUUGGGGAGUUUAUCCAAUACUGUCCUGGCACAUGGUGCUUCAUUGACAUGAAGAAUCGAAAUGCCAAUUCCAAUUUCAACAAUGUCUACUCCAUGCUUUACGCCACCCUUCUUCUCAUUCUCAUCAUUGCUGUGUUAACUUGUAACCUUGUGGUCAUUGUCAGUCUGGUGAGGAUGCACAAGAGGCAGAAGACCCGUAGGAUUGGUUCCAUUACUGCCAAUAAGCGGGACAGGAUUUCCAUGUCUGAGGAGAUUGACCACCUUAUUCUGCUGUCCAUCAUGACCAUCGCCUUCAUUAUCUGUUCGCUACCUUUUACGGUAAGUUGCAAGGUGUUUUGCUAA